UCAGAUAAGAUCAGAAAAACAACCAUUAACAGGAUUGACAAGGUGUCUGUAUUGUUGUUCCAUUCAAUGGUGAAAAGCGUUUUCUACAAUUUUUCUCGUACCAAAAUGAGGGUUUUGCGAAAAAUUAAUUCGGAUACCACAUUGACCAUCGAAGAAAAUAAUGUGAAUAAUAUCCAAAUGUACAACAGGCCCCAUAUUUUUUACGAAAACAUUCGAUUUGCUUUAAUACUGUCCCAGUGUUUUGGGAUUAUGCCUCUACACAACAUCAGCAAGAACGCCCAAGAAGUUAAGUUCUCUUUUAUGAGUUUUAGAUUUUUAUAUGCCCUUGCUCAUUUCGGUUGUGUUUUUGCUACUGGAAUCGCGUCAAUCGUGAAACUGGCCCUCAAUGGGUUUAUGAUCGAUGAAACAUCGAUAGUAAGCUUCUAUAUUUUCAAUUCGUUUGCUUCAAUUCAUUUUAUGUAUCUAGCAACGAGGUGGCAAAAUAUUUUAAAGGAAUACUCUUAUGUAGAGAGAGCGAUGAAGAAUUACGCUUCUAACCGAAACGUUAAGAGAAUCAAUAUUUGUACAGCAACAUUUUUUAUGUUCUUUGGAUUAACGGAACAUAUUUUAUUUAUUCUCACAAAUCUUAAUCACAGUUUUCACUGUGAACAUUAUAAUAAAUAUCCAGUCGAAAUAUAUUUUGGAUGUGCCUUUCCGCAAUGGUUUACUCUGAUAACUUAUUCGCAUUGGGCCGGAGCACUAGUAGAAUUAACCAACUUUAUAAGUACUUUCACAUGGAAUUUCACCGAUCUAUUUAUCAUUAUGAUCAGCAUUUCACUGAGAGAGAAAUUUAAUCAAAUAUCAAACCGGAUCAAACAGAGCAAAAAUCCGCCACAUAAAUUUUGGAAGGAGAUUCGUGAAGAUUACUACAGGGUCUCUAACUUAACGAAAGUCGUGGAUAUUCAAAUCGCUGGGUUGGUGCUAAUUUCCUUUUUGAAUAAUAUAUUCUUCCUAUGCAUUCAACUUUAUAAUAGCAUUAAAGAAAGAGAAGCCGUUAUAGACAGUAUCUACUUUUUCUAUUCCUUUGGAUAUAUUGUGUUUCGGGUGGUUGCAGUAUCUCUAUAUUCAGCGACUCUAAAUGAAGCUGCCCGCAAGCCACUGAAAUAUCUGUACUCAUUGCCCACAGAAAACUACACUAUAGAUGUAAGCCGAUUAAUUACUCAAAUCAACUAUUUACCCAAUGGUAUUACUGGACAUGGAUUUUUCCUUAUAACAAAAAAUUUUUUACUUCAGGCCGCUGCUACUGUGGUAACAUUCGAAUUGAUGAUUUUCCAGUUUUCACCAGUCAAAACAACAUCAAAUCAAACUUCAUUAUCUUCGGGAAUAAUUUGCAUAAAAUAAUAAGCAAGAUUAAAUCACGUAGACUUAGGAUUUGAUAGUAUGAAUCGUAGUUUACCGGAUAUUAAGUAAUUUUCUAAUUUUUUAUUUAUAUAAAAUUAAUUUAUGUAUUAUAAAA